GCGAGCGCCAUCCACAGGGAGGGGAUGCAAGAUGCUACCACGUUUUCCCGUUCCGUCCAAAGAUGGAAAGAAACGGAACGUGGCUGUCGAUUUGAUCCCCUUUUUUCUCUCGAGGGGAGCUUCGCGCGGAGUAUGCCCACGCUGCCUUACUACAGAUUUCACUAGCCCCUGCCGAAGUCUGGCUCCAGAGUACUUUGAGAGAGGCUGCAACAGAGAGACAGCUGCUCCCUUGGCAGCUCCUCAGGCUGUAAAAUGGCUGCAGAGCAACACACAAACAACAUGGCUGCUCCUUUAAAAGAGAUAGAGGAUGUGAGAUGCCCGUUGCAGGUUCCAGUGAAAAUGGAAGCUCCCUGCCAAGCAGGUGGCAGUGCAGAAGACAGAGAGGGGAAAUUCCCUGCCACUGUUCCGUCGGCGGCCAGUGAGGAUUUCACGAGAGUGGCAUCUCGGGUAAAGCAGGAGUUGGCAGAGGAGCCACCACAGAGCUGGGAGUGCCAGUGGCAAAGGGUGUUAGAAGUGAUGCCUGCUCCCUUCACCACUCCAGUCUGGGACAGCCUGCAGUUGCCUCCUUUGACUCAAGGGGGCAGCACCGAGGCCUACCUGGCCACCUUUGAGCGUGUAGCUGAUGCUUCCCAAUGGCCACGGGAAGAGUGGGUGACUCGCCUUGUGCCGGUCCUUAGUGGACAAGCUCAACAAGCCUAUUUCAGCCUGGAUGCAAAGGACAAAGCUGAUUACGGGAAGGUGAAGGUGGCUAUUCUGAGGCUGGAUGACUACCUCGCCAUGGAGGCGCACCGCCAGCGUUUUAGGCAUUUCUGCUACCGGGAUACCGAGGGGCCCCGGGUGGCAUGCCAGCAACUGCAGGAGCUUUGCCACCACUGGCUGAGGCCCGAAAGCCAGAGCAAGGAGCAAAUCCUGGAUCUGCUCAUCUUGGAGCAGUUCCUUGUCAUCCUUCCACAGGAAAUGCAAGACUGGAUUAGGGAGCGUGGUCCAGAGACAUGUGAUCGAGCAGUGGCAUUGGCUGAGGAGUACCUGCAGGAGCAGCAGGAGACUGAGAAAUGGGCCCAACAGGUAACAGUACCAAUUGAGAUGGUGAUAGUUAAUUCUUCCACUGUAGAUCAGGCCCAGUCCGAAGCAAAACAUCUCCACAAAGAGAACAAACAGGUUGACAGUGAAAAUAGUAUUUCUCAAGAAGGUGGCUUUGCCAGGAUGGGGUCUAAGGAUGUGCACCAAGGAGAGCUGGAGACAGAGGAACGAGGAUGGAGGCCUCCCGGCGAAUUUGGAGAGGUUCUUUUCCCAAAGAGCAGCCCCAGAAGAUCACACAUGAGCAAGUGCGAUUCCGAAAGGCAACAGAAAGGCAGCCUUUCCUCACGGAUGAUUAAGGACGAAGCGUUUGGGGGAGUCCCUCCCGACCCUGAAACAAAACGGCAUCUGUGUAAGGAAUGCGGGAAAAGGUUUCGGAAAAAGUGGGAUCUCAUCAGGCAUGAAAGGAUCCACACGGGAGAGAAGCCUCACCAGUGCACGUACUGCGGGAAGAGGUUCACGCGGCGUUCACACGUUGUGAAUCACCAGAGGCGCCACUCGUGCCAAGGAAGAUCUUGACGAAAGAGUCUGCUGCUUCCGGUUUGUGUAACAGAGUGAGAAUGGGGAAACCCUGUGUGAAGGGGGAAAAAAGGUAGCGCUGUUUGUGUCCUGCAAGGCUUGGAAUCCAGGCAAAUUUGUAGGAGUGGUAUGGAUUGGUGACUAUUUGCUGUUUGUCCACAUCUUGAAUAUGAUCAAAAUGUGUCUGAGGACACACAGCUCUCAGGGGCAUCCACUCUGUUAGGGGUGCAGAAGAAAAUCUGUACAUAUCUAUGCCAUUCAGUGAAGAUAAUAAAGCUAAGAGACCAUCCAAGUCAGAAGAGUAUUCAUCCACAUUUUACUUGAUCCAGAGUGGGAGUGAGGAGACUGAAUUCCUGUUCACUUAUUUUGUAUUAUUUGGACUGCUUGUUGGAUAGAAGUGAAUAUUUCAUCAUGGCACUGGUACAGCCCUGACUACAGACGAGUGGAUGCUCCUGGGAAAUUUGCUAAUUUUGAUCGGGGGAUUCAGUAUUUUUGUAUCAGCCGAAGCCCUGUGAAAUCAGAAAAAUCCUCUCCCUGCUCUGCUGUAUCCGUGCCUGAAGCAAAUGAUACUCGUUAAGGAAGUAGGAUUUAAAGGGCAAAACAUCUUCCAGUAAGGAAGCAGGCCGGCAAAAUGACACCUGCCAACUGUCUUGCGAGGCAGCCCGCAGAUUUAACUGUGAAGUGAUGGAGCUCAGUGGAAAAGGGAUACUACCAUUAACUCAGGAGAAAAGAAAUUCCAGGUUUUAAGGUGGAGGCAAGACUGAACAUUGACCAAGAAGCACUGACCUGGUGUGCUUUUAAAUGCAAAUUUAUACCCAGAAUGUGUUCUCAUUGUGGACACUUAAAUCCUUUUGCACGUCAAGCUGCUCAGACAUAGGUAUAGUAAUAGCUGAACAUUCGGCAAUGCAAUUUUGGGAGUGAAGGCCAGAUGGGAAAAUGGGAAGCAAAGUGGUCUCAUUGUAGGUUGUGCUUCCUGUGAUGGAUGCUAUAUUGCUCCGUGGCAAGUCCUUGGCGGUGAUCGCGUUUUUACUGCAGGCUUGGAGAAGCUGUGGCCCUCCAGUGGCUGCUGAACUACAGCUCCCAGCAUUCCUCGCAACUGGCCAUGCUGGAAUAACCUGAAGUGAAACUGACUCGGCUAUUUAAUGUUUCAUUUUUAAUUCUGUACAGUGGAAAACCAGUGCAGCAUUUGUUUACAUAAUAAUUUAUUUCCCUUUUUUUCCAAAAAGUCUGAAAACUGCUUAUAGGCUUUUGACUACAGAAUUCAUAAAUUGAUUUUCACAAAGACAGACAUCUGUUUUAAUACAUUGUCAACAGUCAUCAUUUUGGCUUUUCAAGCCCCUCAUAAUCCUGUUCUAGCAAAAGUACAUAUAUUUCACACAAGAGGAGGAAUUUGACCUUUCUUCAAAGCUGGAUCUUUUUUUAAAAAACAGUACACAACAGAUAAAAUCUGGAGUAACUUCAAAUCUGAUGGCUUGAUCGUGUGGCCAUUAUGUGGGGAAUGUUUAUUUUCUAGGAAUGGUCUUUUAUAUACUCUUCAGUUUCUACGGCUGCCUUUUUUAGCAUAUAUGAGAUAACAACUGCUGUCUUUAUAAUACAGACUUUCAAGCUUAUUUAUUUUGUACACCAUCAUAAUCAACAAAGACUCCUGUCAGUUGACUUCAUUAAAAACAAUUCUACCUUGAUUUUCAUCUGAAGGACUUUUAAUCCCAUUCAUGAAUUUACUUAGAGGCUUUAGGCAAGCUACUAUGCACUCAAUCCUCUCAUCUGCAAUAUUUGGUUAAUGCAACCUAAAAACAAGUUGUAAGAAGUACUGAAAGUGUAUGUUAAGUGCUUUGCGUAAGUGAGAAAAAGGCCAUAUAAAGUCGGAAAUA